AGUCUUCUUCUUCCUCUCUCACCGCCUUAAAAGUUAAAACUCUGCAACUCUUCUCGAUUGCUCAGUGAUUUGCGGCGGCAUAGACACAUAGACUCUUCGAGUUUAAGUUUUUUGAUUCAUUAAGUUUGAAGCUGAAGAUAUGGGGAGAGCGAAGAAACCCCAGAAAUUUGCCGCCAUGAAGAAGAUAGUUACCUCAAAAGCUAUUAAAAAUUACAAACAAGAGGUUCUGAAUCCUAACAAGAAGGACUUAACCAAGGAAAAACUUCCCAGAAAUGUGCCGAGUGUUUCUUCAGCGCUUUUCUUUAAAUAUAAUACUGCUUUAGGACCGCCGUAUCGAGUGCUGGUGGAUACCAACUUCAUCAAUUUCUCUAUUCAGAACAAAUUGGAUCUUGAGAAGGGAAUGAUGGACUGCUUAUAUGCAAAAUGCACUCCUUGUAUCACGGAUUGUGUAAUGGCUGAACUUGAGAAGUUAGGUCAGAAGUACCGUGUAGCCUUGAGGAUUGCUAAAGAUCCUCGUUUUGAAAGAUUGCCAUGUAUUCAUAAAGGAACCUAUGCUGAUGACUGUAUUGUUGAUAGAGUUACACAGCAUAAAUGCUUUAUUGUUGCUACAUGUGAUCGAGAUCUGAAGCGAAGAAUUCGCAAGAUUCCGGGUGUGCCAAUCAUGUUCAUUACUCAGCACAAGUAUUCAAUUGAACGGCUUCCUGAAGCAACAAUUGGUGGAGCUCCAAGAAUCUGAAGAGCAAAGAUAUACCUUUGGUUGAAUUGAGUUUAUUAGCUCUGCCUUCUCAAUAGAGGGUUAAAACCUUCCUCUAGUGAAGUCAGUAACCCCAUUAAGGAGUAUCAACAAUGCAUGAUUAUUGUGCACCUUACAACCAGUGCUAAUUUAUAGUCUUGUUUAAUUUACAAAAACACAGGUUCGGAUUCUAAAUCCAUGUUUUGAUCAUUGUGUUCAAGGUGUCAUUUGAUUUACCAUUUACGCUUCUCAUUCAUACUUCACCAUAUGGAAGUCUUUGAUUUAGUUUAUUAACUUUAUAUAUAAGAACACAUAGUAUACGUUGGUUUGAGGCAACUGAGCUUGUCACUAUUAAUGAGCUGCAUGUUCUCCAAUUCAGAAUAGGUCUGUUUGUAUGACCCCAGCCACUGGUAUUAUAAUGAAAGACAUCAGGGAAU